CAUAUUCAAAUAAAAUUUGCGCAAAGCAACGGUUUUUUUUUACAAUAAAAAUAUAGGGGAGACAAUAUUUACUUUUUCUAAUUGCCAUACAACAGUUUUCCUUAAGCGUUUUGCGCAAUCUUUCGUAGCGUCGGGGAAGAAUAUUUGCAAAUGAGAUAAAAUAAUAAUAAAAAAAUUGUCAAAAUUUUGCGUGCGGGUUGAAGAGAAGUAAAUUAAAAUAAAGUAACUGUGCAAAAUAUGUGAUAAUACAAAAACAAAACGUGUAGAGCGCUGCUAACAGGAGACGAGAGGUGCUUUGCUGGUGUGAAAAUCUAUGAAAAAAAUCGUUACAUUUCCCCUAAAUGGUGCUAACUAUUAACUGCUACUUUGUUACUUCCAAUACUUUGUUCGCCUGCACCAACGUCACAACUGUGCAAACGAAGGCAAAAGGGUUCACUAGCUGACCACUAGCGCACUCCACUCCGAUUCAAAUGCAACAGUUAAAACUUGAAUAAAAAUAAUUAGUAAAUGUAAAUAAUAAAAAUAAGAAAUGUAUUGCCAUUAAUUUCAAUAUUAUUUGAAAUACGAAUUUCCAAUAAAACAACAUUAAACGCGUUAACAUAUGUCACUUUCGAAAAUAGCUGUUGGCUUUUCAGCGUUGACGCCUGAGCGUCCAGGCGCGAAGAGAGCCCAAUAGAGAGCACAGAACGUACGGCAGAAGAAAGCAGCAAGGCAGAGAGCUUUGUUGAUGCCAAAGUGAAUGCGAAAUACAUACAAACAUAUACAUACAUACAAUUACAAAUUAGAGAGGGGAGUAUUGUGAAGAAAUAAUAGUAAGAUCCAAAGACAAUCUCGCACGACAACGCAAGCCACCAAAGAAAAUACAAGAACAAGAAACACCCCACCAACACAAAAGGAAUAAUGCAAUAAACGAAAUUAAUAGUAUUGCCAGUAGGCAAAGGUAGCAGUAGUGAGCAACACAAACACACUCUCACACUAAGCAAACGCGCAUUAUACACCACCGAUUCGAAUUGAUACGGAGAAGCAACAAUAUGUUGAUAAGCAAAAGUUCCUAGGCAACUUGUUAAGCAAACACAAGUAUAAGUAUAGAACUAAUUCACACACACACACACACACACAAACACACACUAACAAGCGAAAUAAAUUUAACGUUCAUCUUAAAAAAAUAAAAAUCAAAUAACUAAAAGAGCCACCGGAGUGACAGCAUGCGAUACUUUGCAUCAUGUUGCGCCUCAAGUUGCCAAUGUGAACACUGUUGCAUGCGACAUGCACGAGUAAAGUGGCACAUGUGCUAGGCGAAGCAAAAACAAAUAAAAAAAUUACAACAAAAUUGAAAUUGUAAAAGCAAAAUACUAAGAAAAAAACAACGUAAACAAAUAAUAAACAACAAAACUAAAAAUUGCAUCAAUACAUGUGUUAACAAUAAUUAUUGUAUUGCAAAAAGUGAGUAAAUAAGUUUUGUUUGCAAACUUGCGGCAGCGUAGCAGAAGCUCCAUUAAUUAAAUAUAUGCAAGCCAAUGCAAGCAAAAAGAAUCAAUAAAGUAAGCCCUCCAAUAGUCGAACUAGUUAAAUUGAAAACCAAAAAAUAAAUAUUAAAAAAAAUUUAGAAAAUUACACAAAUAAAAUUACAAAUAAAAAUAAGCAUGAAAUAAGAGAGAAACAAAAAUACAACAAACAAAUCAAAUUAAUUGCAACAAAUUGCUGCGACAACUAAUUGCAAAAUAAACGCAGCAAACCGGCGAAAAAUGAUUUGGCAAAUGCAAUAAGGAAAUAAAUAACAAUAAACAGAACAAAGCAGAAAAAACUGCUACAACAAUCUAAAUUAAAGCACGUUCCAACUACAACUACAACAAAACAAAACAAAACAAAACGCACACGAUGUUGUGUUUAUAAACAAAUAUUAAUGGUUUUUAGCUGUGAUAUAACGUCUAGCGAUUAUUUGAAACGAUGGACUUGGCGACCGUACCACCGGAGCUGGAGGAGCUCCUUAUCUGCAGCUGUUGCCAUUUACCCUUCAACGAUAACGACGCGCUGCCGAAGCUAUUCACGUGUCGCCACUACUUCUGCCUCAAAUGUGUCAAUUCGUUGCUGCGCGAAGGCAGCGAUGAACUCUACUGCGUACACUGCUGGAAGCGUACCGAACUGCAGGGACCCGAGCCACGUACCGACAGCUUACCCACCUACAAUGCGAUUCUAUAUCUCACACAAAAUUUGACUGCGCUUAGUUUUAAAAUGAAAUGCGGCGAACGUGAUCGGCAGCAGCGUUCGUCGUCGAUUGCAUCGAACGGCUCCACCGGCGCACUUAGCGGGAGCGGCGUUAUUAAUAAUAUUGCCAAUAACAACAACAAUAACAGCAACAAUAGCGAUGGCAGCAAUGGCAAUCUGAGUAGUAUAGGCGUUGGCGUUGGCAACAACAACGCCAAUAGCAAUUUGGAUAAAUUGAAAAUGACCGAAAAUUGCAUGACACAUGCCAUGCCCAACACAUUGUGGUGUAGCGUUUGCAAUAUCUUGCUUUGCCGCGCCUGUGCCGCAACCGAGGAGCAUCGCACACAUUUGGUGAAGAAUAAAAUCGAAGCCAAGGAAUCGCUGCACUCGGACAUAUCAAAAGAGCUGCUCGGCAUGCAGAAGACGCUGAACGAUGUGCAACAUUUGGUAUUGAAGCAACGUGAUUUUUUGCUCAAAAUAUUGGAGAGCUGCACCACGCUCAAGACACAAAUCGAGGCGGAGCUGCUGAAUCAUAUGCCCACUUUGGAGAUUUCCGAAAUUCGUGAGAACCUAUGCAAGGCGCGUCUUUGCCUCGAGAUACUGGACAAGCAGACGCCAGCUGAGGCUAUGAAGCUCUAUGCUACACUGCAUGCCGAGAAGCAGCGGCUCAUGGCCAAGUAUCAGGAGAUGUUUCUGCAAUGCAAACUGGACGAUAUGAUACGUAAUUGUGGCUAUGUCUUCGAUUUCGAUCUUAUCAAGCAGGCCCUCGUACAAAUGCAUAAUUGUGUGCUCAAUGGUGGCAAUUUGGAUAACUUCGGUGUGGGCUCGGUAAUUGGUGGUCUCAAUGGCAUAACGACGGCCACUCAUCAGAACCCGGUCUUGCUUUUGGCCAAUUAUUGCAUUUCGCAAUUGUAUUCGAGACAUAUGUUGUUGUUGAAGCAACAGCAACAACAGCAGCAGCAACAGCAGCAUGCACAACAGCAACAACAACAUUUGUUGUCCAACGGUUUGCUCACCUCGAUGAUAUCGCACGUGAGCCUCUCCACGACUACCAAUGGAAAUUUACCCACUUCGAAUGCCAAUUUCACGCAUGCAACAUAUGCACAGGCAUUGCAACAGAAUCAACCGUCGAGCAACAGCGUGGCACAACAACAAGCCAACAAUCCAACUUCGCCCGUACACAAGACUUACGCCGACAUCAUUGCGCUCUCGAGCAAAUCUAACGCCAGCUUGCAAACCGCUCAACAGCAGCAACAGCUGUUGCAACAACAACAAGCCGUAAGCAGUAGUUUCUCCGAAAUCGCACCAAUUGGCACACCGGCAACAACAUCGAACACAUCAGUGGUGGUUGGCGCACAACGCAACAACACUUCACAUCUCUUUUCCAGCACCGAUCUCAACGGUUUAGGUCUAAGCUUAUUGCAUCUGCAACAACAACAGCAGCAGAGUGCUUCGAAUACACAACAACAAACGAAAUCAACAUUACUACUUAACCCCAGCAUACACGUCUAUCCCAUCUACUAUUUCAACAUCGAAAUCAAUGGGCAACACUCCGGCCGCAUCCUCAUAGAGGUGCGCAGCGACGUAGCGCCGAAAAUGGCGAAGAAUUUCAAUGCACUGGCCACUCAAGAGCUCGGCUAUGGUUACAAGGGUUGUCACAUUUUCCAGUGUUGGGAAAACGAGAGUAUUAUUACAGGUGAUUUUGAAUUAAAUAAUGGGCGUGGCGGACGCUCGGUAUACGAUGAGGGCUUUUUUAUGCCGGACGACACAAAGAUACUAGCCAUACGCGGUUCGGUUGGCAUGAGGCGAAGUCAAAAGCGUCACGAUAAUUUAGGUCUCGUUGGUUCACAGUUCCGUAUAAUUUUAAGAGAAAUGCGCGGUUUUACAGGCAUAUUUGCAUUUGUGAUCGAGGGUUUGGAUUUGGUGGAGAAAAUAUCACAAACCGGCGAUGCGACUGGUAAGCCACAGAGUAGUGUUGUCGUUGUCAGUUGUGGCAAAUAUCAGUUGGGUUAAGUGUCGUAAAGGUCUGAAGUAGGGGUUAGAUUUUAAGAUUUUUCUUUCAAUAAUGCCAUCUUUUUAAUAAGCGUACGUUAGAAAAUUAUAUUAAAAUAUCAUGAGCUUAGGUUUCCCACCCAUGUAAAUCAUCUUUUGAGUAUGUAUUGAAGAGUACGAGCGGACGGGUGUGGAGGCACUAUUAUCAGAUUAAGGCAAAUACUAAACGCAACUGAAGAAGGGAUCGUGAUUUUCAUAAAUCCAUAAAAGUUGCUUGAACCUUAAUAUUAUAGAAUGCAAGCAGCUUUCGAAAAUGUUAUUUUUUAAGCUUUAUUUAAUUCGGAAACGUUAUUUUUAGCUUUAUUUAAGUUUUUUUUUUAUUAAAUUAACUUUAUAAUUUCUCUUCUUAUACUUAUUCCUAUAUUUCACACAUGAAAUCACAUUUCAUCCAAAACCUUGAUCUCUCUAUUUGCAAAUGAUAUCUUAAUUGAGCUCAAUUUACUAUAUAAAAAAUCCUUCGAUGUAAUUUACAAAAUGGUAUCACUCAAUUUGAUAACAAACAAUCACACUUACUCGAAUAUUACACUCACUUCCUCAAAGAAAAUGUUAAUUGAGCUUAAUUUAACAAGCAAACAAUCCUAAAUGAGCAAUUAAUACUUGAUUGAAAGUAAAAUAUGUAAUUUUAAUUUAAUUAAUUUAAUUUAUAUCGCUAAA